AUGUCAGGCGCAGGACCCAGAGAAGCAAUCUUCCCAACGCGGAUGAACCUUACCGUCACCAAAGGUCGGAUGAAGGGUGCUCAGACGGGUCACUCGUUGCUCGCCAAGAAACGAGACGCUUUGACGCAGCGAUUCAGGCAGAUCCUGAAGAAGGUUGAUGAGGCCAAACGCCUCAUGGGCCGCGUACUCCAACUGGCCUCCUUCUCACUCGCCGAAGUGACCUACACCGCCGGGGAUAUCGGCUACCAAGUGCAAGAAUCGGUCCGCAAGGCGAGCUACACCGUCAAGGCGAAGCAGGAGAAUGUGUCGGGCGUGGUCUUACCGGCGUUUGAGGGGGUGAGGAGUAAGGAUGCGAGCGACUUUGCCAUGACGGGUCUAAGUCGGGGUGGUCAGCAGAUCCAAAAAUGUAGAGAUACCUACGUCAAGGCAGUGGGGACUUUGGUCGAGCUUGCGUCGUUACAGACCGCCUUCACCAUCCUCGACGAAGUCAUCCGCGCGACCAAUCGCCGCGUCAACGCCAUCGAACACGUCAUCAUCCCCAAACUCGACAACACCAUCAAGUACAUCAAUUCCGAGCUGGACGAGAUGGACCGCGAAGAGUUCUUUAGGCUCAAAAAGGUGCAAGGCAAGAAGAAGAGGGAUGCAGAGAAGGCGAAUGAAGUCAGGAAGAAGCAGAAGGAGAAGGAGGAGGAUGAAGGCGAAGAAGGUGGGGAGAAGGAUAGUAGGGAUGAGGGGCUGAAAGGUGGGGCGGAAGGCGGGGCGGAUAUGCUCGGUGAGAAGGACGAGGAUGUUAUUUUCUAG